ACGGUGACCAAGAACAGUUUCCAGGUUAGCGUUGUUAUUUAUGGAUUUAUUAACACUCUGGAACUCAAGAUAUUACUAAUUUAACUGCACAAUAUCACACACUUACCACAUGUAGUCUUUAAUUCGCAUUGGAGACCAGACGUUGUCAAUAGAAGUUAUCUAGGGGACGAUAGCUAGCUAGAUACUAACGCUAGCUAACAAUGGCUAACUGUAUUGUUUUUCACACUCAAAUAGCCUCCAUCAUGGAGGUGCUAGCGAAUGCAGCCGUGGCAGAGAUCUGUAAACUCGUAGACGACGACUAUGCAGUGUUUCGUUUGGAAAUAACUCAAAGCCAGAAAGAAAACAGGACAUUGCGGAGGAAACUACAGCUACUGGAACUGAAGGUGGCACGGGAGCGCACAGAGAGGACAAUAAGAGAGCGCGGCCUCGCCAGUCCCGGUAGUGUCAAGAUCCUCGACCGAUACAGAGCAAUGGCAAGAGGUGAAGGACAUCUCACUGGAGGCCACAAGAGCUUUGUGAAGCCAGCAGGGCCCAAUACAUGGGGAGAUGACCAAUCAAUCACUGUUGAUGAGGAGAGUGGAACCACAACCCAGCACGUUAUCGUGAUAGAGUCUACAGAUGCAGAGGCUGCAGGUCCUGGGGUUAAGCAGGAGAGGUCUGAAGGAGAGGAUGACCUACGGCACAGCAGAGACAUCCAGACUGGAGAGGCGGCUGUAGCCACGGAGGACACCACCACUGCCCCAGCGCAGCCCAGGACCCGGUGCAGUAUCACGGAGGAGGAGGGUCCAGAGGUGCUGCUGGGGAAGGAGGAGGGUUGUGAGAAGGGUCUGGGGAACCCUGAGGGGACCAUGGUCAUGGAGGACAACCAGACUACACCACCUCCUGAACCCACAGAGGAAACAGCUGAGCAACACAGGACCACACACAGUCUCACUGAGUCAGUAGACAUGGAGGAUGGGAAGCCUGAUCUGUUGCUGGUCAAAGAGGAGACGAUAGAAGACGAACCAGAGAGCAUUGAUCUGUUGAGUGGACUAAAGAUGGGGGAGCAAGGUGGUUGGCUGGAGGCUAACAGAGGAGACUGGGUGGCCAUUUUGGAAUCCCAGACCCAGACUGGUGCAGCCAAGGGCCCAGUGAACAACAUCACAGAGCAGGCCUGGACCAGAGGUGACAUAGUGGAGGUCAGGGGAUGGGACAGCAUCCUCAACUCUGGGCUGGGGAAUAACACUGGUAACUACAACCAGAAACAGACAGUCGAACCCAAAACAACAUCUGAACAUAAUCUCCAUGACAACAGACUGGCUGAGACCAGGGCGAGGCGUAGAUUUGGUCUGCGGGGACAGGAAAGUGAACAUAUGCGGCGGGAGAGUACAGACUUGGCUUACGAUGCUCCGUCCUGCUCCUAUAAUUGUGAUUCAGAGACAUUGGUGGCGCCUCAGGUUAACCCCCUAACAGGUGCUUCCUUCAGUCUGCCUUCUAUAGGAUCUAUCAACUGUAAUAUGGACCCUGCGAUGACACUCCCUGGCCUUCGUUCUCCUCACACUCACCUUAUGUUAAACCAGACCUCAGACAGUGCCAGUGCCUCAUCACUAAAUAGCUACACAAGCCCAUUGACAAAUGACAGUAGUGGAGACAGAAUCAGUAAAGGUGGUGGCGUCAAAGAGAAGCGCUUCCCGUGUUCGUUUUGUGGGAAAGCCUUCAGUUUUCCCCAACAGGUGGAGAUUCACCAGAGGGUGCACACGGGGGAGAAACAAUUCAGCUGCCACCUGUGCCGGGCCAGUUUCUCUCACUCCUUCAGCCUGAAGAGGCACCUGAGAGUCCACACAGGGGUGAAACCCUUCAGCUGUACCCAGUGUCACAUGCGCUUCGCCCAGGCUGGUCACCUGAAGAGGCACCAGAGGGUCCACACAGGGGAGAAACCAUACAGCUGCCCCCAGUGUGAGAAGAGGUUCUCCCGCCAGGACCAGCUGAAGAUGCACCUGAAGGUCCACACGGGAGAGAGGCCAUUCGCCAGUACGCACUGCGGGAAGAGGUUCUCUGAGAGGAGCAACCUCAGGAUGCACCAGCAGAAAAAACAUUCCACUCUAACAUAAAAAGUAACCAUUCCCCUGGAUAGCUUCUGACAUUUAGAUCAAACCCAGCAUUAAAGACAAAUAUACAUUUUCAUUGUUGUCAGCAGAAAAUACCCACAGAUUUCAGUGUUGAAUAUUCCUGGGUAGAAUAUUUCAUCCAGACAUUGUGUGACAUAUAUGGCUUAAGUCUAAAAAGUAUGUUAUAUAUUGAGAGUUUAGGACUAUAAGGUUCUAUCUGCAAAAAGAUGGUUCUGAGAUAAUUGGCUUUACAUUUCUGAACCCUCAUUGGUUUGAAUGGUGUCAUCUAUUUUUAUCUUGUAUUCUUUUUAACUAAAAAACAUGAAUUGGGUUAUUACGAGUACUAAAUAGGUAGAGAACAUUGAACAGAACAAUGCUAUAUCAAUAACACCAUUUUUAAGAAACAUUCAGAUCGAACCAAAGCUCGCGAUUUUGUUUGUAUCAGGGGCAAAUCUGGUGCUUUUAGAUAGAAUGCAAGCUAUAUUAGAUCAAAUCCAGACAGGAACUUUUUUUAGGGCAUGUGACCCACAUUACAAGUUCGAUAAGAUUGACAGACAUAGUAAUAAAAAAGGCAAAUUUAGGGAGCCUCCAAAGAGGCUGGAAUAUCAAAUCAAAUGUUAUUUGUCACAUACACAUGGUUAGCAGAUGUUAAUGCGAGUGUAGCGAAAUGCUUGUGCUUCUAGU